CUUCAUCUUUCAAUCCAUCAUUGACGCCAACCUCCCUUCUUGCUCAGCACAAAGCGGCAGAAUUUUGUCAUAGCUGCAAAAUACACCUUGCUAAUGGCCUCAUAUCAGAUUUUUCGACUGGUGCCUGUGCAUGAUAAGGUUCCAGACGAGAAUGAUGAAUGGGCUGGUCUGGGUGAUGUGAAAGAGAGAAGGAAGCGACAGAAUAGGAUUAACCAGAGAGCGGCUCGACGACGACAAAGACUCAACGGAGUACCAGAGCACAAACCCGACGUUGAAUCUACGGGUAGCAAUGGGCCCUCCGUAUUCUCCGGUCCAUCUGUUCAAGCGAGAGCGGAUGAAGGAGCUGCUUCUAGAGUGGUUGAUGGGAACUCUCCCCACGUCUGUUUCCCUUUGACGCGAGAUGCCCAACUUCUACACGUCAUUUCUCUCAAUGUUUCUCGUGCCGUUUUGACAAACUAUAUCAUAAUAUCGUCCAUUCCCCUCCCUACAUCUCGUUUCUGCGCUUUCCCCCGUGUAUUCAGCCUUCCCUCCCCCGAGGAGAUGCUAUUGUGGUCUGCCUCUGGAGCGAGAGUCGACUUCACCCUGCCACCGGCUCUGAUGCCGACGCAUAUCCAACAGCAGAUUCCGCAUCUCGGUUGGGUUGAUCUUUUCCCUUAUCCACGGCUACGGGACAGCCUGAUACUGGCGCUAGAGGCAAAUCGUAUCGAUCAAGAUGCGUUCAUGAUGGAUUUGGUUGGCGAAGCGUUUGAGAGUCUUUGCAGUGUCGGAGAAGUCGAAGACGACCAAGAGACGCAGUUGGGUGCCCAUGACCCUAAGCGGACGCAUUCUGGCCCAGAAUCGGGCCUGGCUAGCAUUGAUAGUGGCGAAAAGGCUGCAGCGAACGAUUCGAAGCCGAAGGAGACUUGGUCAGGCGAUCCAGGUCUCGUGUCCUGGUCGGAUCCCUGGGAUAUUAAUGGCUGGGAAAUUACCGAGGCGUUUGCAAAGAAAUGGGGAUGGCUACUGCAAGGAUGUGGAGAUAUUGUUGUUGCGACAAACAUGUGGAGGGAUAUCAGAGGCGAGGAUCCUUUGACAGUGAAAGUCUAGGGACUUAAAGUCUUAGAUAUGUGGGAUUAUAUCAAGCUUGAACUGUGUUGCGUAUAAAAAAAA